ACGCGCGCUUACAUUGAGCAAGGUGCAGGAUCAGACUGAACGACUGGUACUGCCUAUAAAAUCACUACUCCCGCAUUGGUAUGGUCAUCGUCCCGGAUUCAAGCUUGCAGCAUUGAUCAGAGUUUCCAUCGACCGAGAUGAAGAUGAAAGCUUGCAGUUGUGGUGCUGAUGAUGGCAAUCAUGUUGACGAGUAUGUGAAUGUUUGUAGUUGUCGUGCUGAUGAUGGUGAUCACGGCGAGUGUCUCUACGACUCGCAAUCCCGAUCACUUUUACUGUUCAUUUGAUUCUGACCCUUUAUUCUAUUCGAGCGACAGAUUCUUCCUUGUUCUUUUAUACGGAAAGAUAUGGCCCCUUGUGGCUCUUUUCCGUCUUUUUGCUUACGUUCCAAGAAAGGUCCCUUCCCUUUAUCGGCUAAGCGAUCUUUAUGAGAUAAACUCGAAAUCGAGAGGUCUGGAUGUCUUGUCCGGUGACAAUUUUACUCCUGCACCAGCAGUUGCUGAUCUCAGCUUGCCACCUGAACCCGACAACUCUCAUGCUCCGUCCUUUGGCACAUCGAGCGACGGACAAGCAACUGCUUCCGGUGUCCCUGAUAUCCCAUCUGGUCUCCCGUGUAGUGGUACAUCAAGCGCUGGAUUGGCUUCAACCACAGCAGCAUCAGCUUCCCUUUCCAGUGCCUCCGCCCCUGCUGUCCUAGCUGCUAGCCCUGAGUCCAGCGAACUGAGCACAGGUUGUGCAGCCGUUGCUGCCUUUUUUGCUGCCCGUGCUGUCCCAUCUGCCGGGCCCAAUUUCGGGCCACCAAGCUCGGAAUCACCUGAUUGGGGUCCUUGCCCCGUGCCAGAAUCUGGCUCUAGUUCUCUCUCAGGCAAUGCCUCAAGUAGUGGUCCUGGCAGUAGUAUAUUCGGCAGCAAAAUCCCUUCGUUCAGCUUCCCGGGCCCCAGCAGUGAUGCCGAUCAUAUAUUUACUACCAGCUUUCUACCAGAGAAAUCAACAUCGAACAUAUUCAAUGGUCAUCAGUGGCAGGUCACCGGCAGAAAGUUGCACCAUACCCCGACAGUAGAAACGCUUGAUCCGCUUUGUUAUAUUAUGUCAAUAUCAGCACUGCCUAGAGUCAGUCACCUGAGUGUGGAAAAAUUGAGAUGGGAAUAUUAUCAAGCACACAAAGAACUGAAGAAGAAUUUCUCUUAUGGUUCUGCUUUCAGCAACAACCCAAACAAUACCGCUCCAUUAUUCAGCUCGCCUGCUCCAUUGUUCCAGUCUGCAAUUAACCCGUUCAAUGGUGCAACUUCUAAUAUCACCAGCACUGCCCCGUCUAAAAGCAACACAGCCUUUAGGUCACAGGAAGAAGGUCAAGCACCAAACUCUGCAACACCCUCGCAGGCCCCAAAGGAAUUUGGUCCUUCCAGCGGCUCUUUCAGCAACCCCUGGAAAACCGGUCCUUUCGAGCGAAAUGCACCGAAAGAGAGAGACUAUUCAACUAGUCCUUCACCAUUGAACCCUUUCGAGCGAAACGCACCGAAAGAGAGAGACACUCCAACUGGUCCUUCACCAUUCAGCCCUUUCGAGCGAAAUGCACCGGAAGAGAGGGACUAUUCAACCAGUCGUUCACCAUUCAGCCCUUUCCAGCAAAAUGCACCAAAAGAGAGAGACUAUUCAACUGAUCCUUCACCAUUCAGCCCUUGCUCUUUUUUCAAGCCUACAACCGAAAGGAAGACACAGGAACCUCCAAUUUUCACCAGUAAAGAGACAUUUACUUCACCAUUCAGCUCGCCUUUUUCUCUCAAGCCUACAACAGAAAAGGAGACAUUUACUUCACCAUUCAGCUCGCCCUUUUCUUUCAAGCCUACAACAGAAAAGGAGGCACACGGACCUCCAAAUUCCACUGGAAAAGAGACAUUUACAUCACACUCGCAGAAAUGUGAACUAUGUGGAUGCAAGGCACCUGAGAAGAAGUGCAGUCUAUUCGAUAUACACGUGCCAUCAUCGACAAAUAUGCACGCCCCUGUUCAGCAAGGGGCACACCAAUGCACUUGGUCCAAGGUCACAGGCAACGAUGCACAGAGGGUCGACGAUUUCAGUACAGUGCCUCCAUAUGGCAUGCUUCUGAUGCUUCCAGUGAUUCCAAACUUCAAUGCUGCUGCUGUCACUGCUGCUCCUGUGGAUGCUGGUUCAGGAUCUGCUCCUGGAAAGUUUAUGUACCCCGGAGCAACUAUUCCCCCAUUUGGGGUUCCAUAUAAACCCGGAGGCAACUAUGCGCCAUGGGCUAAUGAUAUCGGCAGAAUGGCCCCAAAUGGCCUGCUUCCAUUCAUGCCAGUGAUGAUGCUCCCAGUGAUCUCGAACUUCAAUGUUGCUGUCAGUGCAGUUCCUUGUAAUACAGGUUCAAUAUCUAUUCCUGGCAGUUCUAUGCAUCCGGGAACAACUGUUACCCCAUCUGGGGGUCUUUUUGGAGCCGCAACAGCUUCCAGAGAGAACGAUAUGCCCUCCUCUAUUCCUGGCAGUUUUCCCACAUAUGGGGUUCGAAACAAUCUUUUUGGAGGAGCACCUGCUUCCAGAGAGAAUGAUAUGCCCUCCUUUGGAGCAGCAACAGAUUCCGUGCAUCCAGGAAUAACUGUUACCCCAUCUGGUGUUCCUUUUGGAGCAGCAACAGCUUCCAGAGAGAACGAUAUGCCUUCCUCUAUUCCUGGCAGUUUUCCCACAUUUGGGCUUCUAAACAAUCUUUUCGGAGGAGCAACAGCUUCCAGAGAGAAUGAUAUGCCCUCCCUUGGAGCAGCAACAGAUUCCAUGCAUCCAGGAAUAACUGUUACCCCAUCUAGUGUUCUUUUUGGAGCACCAACAGCUUCCAGAGAGAACGAUAUGCCCUCCUCUAUUCCUGGCAGUUUUCCCACAUUUGGGGUUUCAAACAAUCUUUUCGGAGGAGCAAUAGCUUCCACAGAGAAUAAUAUGCCCUCCUCAAACAUGCAUUCCACGGCAUAGGCUGUAGCUACUCUACUUUCUCAGUUGUCUGGUCGCAUUUUGGAUCUAAGGAUGCUAUGAGUCUGGAAAAAGUCCCGAUGAUUUCCAAGUGUCGAAAGCAGUUUCCCUGAUAAUUUCUGAUUUUGCUUCUUUCUGCAAAGAUUCCAAUCCUCUGAUGUACGAGUCAGAAAUGUUUGCUUAUGUUCCUAGUGCUGUAUGCAUCAGUUUUAGUUGUUGAAAACUUCAAUUGAUUCGAAAUAAAAGGGGACAUUUUUCUUGUUCAAA